UUGUAUUUUUGUUGUUAUUGUAGCAAAGUAAAAAAACGCCAAAUGGCUUUGCGUUUCUUUCUGCUUACACAUACCGGAUUGAAACGGUUUCAUUGCUGCAUUAGCAGCUACUUUAUUCAAUUAGCAAUUAAUUCAUUUUUAACUUUUCAAUUAUGUUUGGUCAUAUUAUAUAUAAAGCAUAUUUAAAAUGAAGGCACACACCUUUCCACAAUUUUUUUAGCUGAAACAUAUUCACAAUUCACCAACUUGCACAAAACUGAACCGCCUACUUUCCAUACAUCAUACUUGUAUAUUUCGGCGUCAACUUCUUUAAAAAUGUUCGUUGGGCAUAAAACAAAAAAUAGAAUAAUAAUAAAAUAUCGCCCGGUGUCAUUGACAAGCCAUGUUCAAUAUUUAUUUCUUUGCAUACAAUUCUCUGACACCGAUUUCAGUAACAACUUUGAGCCGCAAGGAAUAAAAUCGCUAGCAUAUUUUAAAUAUUUCAUAUUUUACGAUUCAUAAUUUUCAUAAAUUACGGCGGUUCCGUUAAAUUCAAGCAAAACUAUAAAAAAUGAGUGUGAUCUUUGCGGCUGUCAAGUGUUUCGUCUUCGCUUUCAAUUUCUUUAGUUUGUUACUGGGCAUUUGUAUUGUUUGUUUGAAUAUUGUCGGUUUGGAGUUUGCCAUACCGAAUACCGAUGAGCACACAUACUGCAUAGUUGGUAUCAUAUUGGGCUCAUUCGUAUGCAUGGCCACAUUAUUUGGCUGUUAUGGCGUCAUCUGCGAGUCGUUGGGCGUCAAUGUGAUUUACUCCUUCUUUAUGUUGAUGUUGUUGUGCACGCAGUUGUUGCAAAUGCAGACGUAUAAACAUCAGAAAUUCUUCAUAAGUGCGCUGGAUCUACUGGAGGAUGCCUGGGAUGAUGUGGAUGUGGAUCCGAAUGAAAUGCAGGCGGUGGAGAUAAAUUAUCAUUGCUGUGGUCUCUACAAUGCCAAUGACUACAAGUACAGACGCAUGGAGACGCCAGCGAGUUGUUAUCGCUUCCAAAAUGCUACGCUUGAGUCGAAUUUAUUCUCGCGCGGCUGUGUGGAAGCACUGGAAACGUCGUAUCACAAGACCAUGGAGCGUGAAAACAUUUUUAACUGGUCACUAUUAAUUUGUGAAUGUGCAGUCUUCCUCUACUCGUGCAUACUGAGUAUUUUGCUUUUCAAGCGCUCUCAAUCAACAGAUCACACACCAGAAGAUGGUCAUGUGCCACCCCAGCCGAUACAACGAAUUAAUCAUUGCAAUUCGCGAACUCACCUGUUGUCUAACUAAAUAAAUGGUGGUAAAACAAAUAUGAAAUGCAAAAGUCUGGUAAAAACUAAUUUUUUUCUAUUUAAAUUAUGUGUAUUAUAUAAAAAUUCGAAAAUACUGUUAUACAUACAUAUAUACUAGUACCAACAAAUUAUAGGUUAUCUUAAAUUAAUUGUAGAUAUGUUGUAUAAACAUAUAUAGUACAUAAUAUAAGCAUGAAUAAACUGUUUUUGUUAAAAUAUGUUUGUAAAAUCACAACACGCGACUAUUUUCACCCAUCUUCAUUUGAAUUUAUUACAAUUUAGUAUCAAAAUAUUAUAUUGUAAAUAUGUAUACUAGAAUUGUACAUAAACAAUUUUUAAUAAAAAAAAAUUUGUUUGACUA